UUUCACUCAUAAUUUGAAAUCGCCAACUCGCAAGCUUAAACAACCACCAUAAAGAUUCUAAGUUCUACCCCUCAUUUCUCCAUCUUCUUCUCACUUUUCUAUCCAAAUUAAUUUUUUUCUACGGAUUUCGGAGUCAUUUCACCUAUAAUGUGUGGCGGUUCAAUCCUCGCCGGACUUAUUCCCAGCCGCCGCGUCUCCUGCGCCGACGUCCUCCCCUCCGCCUCCGACUUCUGGCCCGCUGCUUUCACCUAUUCUGACCACACCGAUACUCCUCUUCUCAAAAGAUCCAGAUCCUCUGCAGGCGAUGAUCGCGUCGCGAGCUAUGCUCCGGAGAAGAACAGGAAGCAGAGGAAAAAUCUGUACAGAGGAAUACGGCAGCGGCCAUGGGGGAAAUGGGCGGCGGAGAUUCGCGAUCCGCGGAAAGGCGUCCGCGUUUGGCUGGGGACGUAUAACACUGCUGAAGAAGCUGCCCGCGCUUACGACAUAGAAGCGCGCAAAAUCAGAGGCAAAAAGGCCAAAGUCAAUUUCCCAAACGAGGACGCUGAUUACAGCUGCAGCUACAAUCGUAACCCUAGAAAACUUAUCGAUUUCGAGCAUCACGCCGAAUUCGAUCAAAUUGGAUUGGGGAUUGGCGACGAUGUGGAAUCAUUCUACGCCGUUAAUAAUUCCGCCGAAGCGAAGCCUGAGGUGGACGGGAUUGACAGUAAAAAUGCGGCGAUUGAACUUGCAGCGGAGGAUCAGGUGCAGAAGCUGUCGGAGGAGCUGAUGGCGUACGAGAACUACAUGAAGUUCUAUCAGAUUCCGUAUUACGACGGCCAGUCGGCGCCGCCGCCACCGCCGAGUAAUCCGCCGCCGGAUACGGUGGAGCUGUGGAGCUUCGAUGAAGUUUCCGGUGAACUCUAGCGGAGACGAUGAGUGUUAGUAGUUUGUGUUAAUUGUGUAUUUGUGUUGUUAAUUAUUGAUUAAUCAUGGAUUAUUCGUUGUAAUUGCAAAAUUUGUUAUUUUUGCAGUACUAAUUUUUAUGCAAUCCAAUUAUUUUUAAUAAA